ACUAAAGAAAGGACUUCUUCUCUUGUUAAGCAAUACUGUUUCAACAGUGAAAACUUUGUCCUGCUCAUUUCACUUGUUUUUCUUUUGUUUGUUUAUUUUAUUUUAUUGCAGGAGCUGACGAGGUGUUUUUCAUUUGAAAGAAUACUUGAAUUUUGUUUGAAUUCACUGAGCAGCAAGCUUACAUUGGAAUCUGGAGGUGUCGGGAGAGGAGUGAACUGAACUUCUUAGGUGUCAAAACUAACAAGGAAAAGGCAGAAGGCACUAAGAAUAAACAACAUAUGAACAAUCUAUCUCAAAAUAUCAGAUUUUGUUUUAGCCAAUUUUGUCAUAUUGACUACCUUAAAGAAGAUUUCUCAAAAGCUGUUUUCUGGUGCAGCAAUAAAAUCCUUUGGUUGAAGAAAGCACCAUUUCAUUGAAAAUGGGUGAGAAGCAUUUGCUGAGAAGCAGACUUUGCUUGUGCUUAACAAUUCUGGCACACCUUCUACAUGCCACGACUGAGGAACCAGCACUGAAGACUAGAGGGGAAAAUGAAAAGCAAUUAGAUGAGACGUUGCUGCAGUCUGAUGAAACACUCAAGCACCAUCAAAGAGUAAAGAGAGGCUGGAUCUGGAACCAGUUUUUUGUUCUGGAAGAAUACACAGGUUCAGAGCCUUUGUACGUUGGCAAGCUUCAUUCAGACAUGGACAGAGGGGAUGGAUCUAUCAAAUACAUCUUAUCAGGAGAAGGAGCUGGCACUAUGUUCACUAUAGAUGACAAUACCGGUGAUAUCCAUGCGAUCCAGAGGCUGGACAGGGAAGUGAAAGCCCAGUAUAUUCUACGGGCUCAGGCACUGCAACGCCGCACAGGCAUGCCCUUGGAACCCGAGUCAGAGUUCAUUGUUAAAAUCCAGGACAUUAAUGAUAACGAACCCCAGUUUCUGGAUGGGCCCUACACAGCGUCUGUACCUGAGAUGUCAGUGAUAGGUACCUCUGUUCUGCAAUUGACAGCUACAGAUGCAGAUGACCCCACUUAUGGCAACAGUGCCAGGGUUGUCUACAGUAUCCUACAGGGACAGCCUUACUUUUCUGUGGAGCCCAGAACAGGUAUCAUCCGAGUGACUCUGCCAAACAUGGACCGGGAAGCCAAGGAGCAUUACGAAGUGAUUAUACAAGCCAAAGAUAUGGGCGGGCAGCUGGGAGGCUUAGCUGGGACUACGAAUGUCAAUAUCACCCUUAGUGAUGUCAAUGAUAAUCCACCACAAUUUGCACAGAAGCUGUACCAGAUGAGUGUGGCAGAGUCAUCCCCAGUUGGUUCCAUAGUAGGUCAAGUGAGGGCCAAGGACCUGGAUGAAGGGAUCAAUGCUGAAAUGAGAUACACCAUCAUUGAUGGGGACGGGAGAGACACAUUUGACAUCAGUACUGAUCCCACAAAACAAGUUGGCAUUAUAACCAUCAGAAAACCUCUAGAUUUUGAAGGUAAGAAGAGCUACACCUUAAAAGUAGAGGGAGCCAACACACAGCUGGACCACCGUUUCCUGAGGAUGGGUCCAUUCAGCGACGUAACCAUCGUACACAUCAGCGUAGAGGAUGUAGACGAGCUCCCACAAUUUGAUUCCAAAUUCUAUUAUGUGGAGGUGCCUGAAGAUGUGGAGAUUGGUACUGUCUUCCAGACAGUCUCUGCCAAGGACCCAGAUGUGUCUAAUAACUCUGUGAGAUAUUCCAUUGAGAGGAACAGUGACCCUGGGAGAUACUUCUACAUCGACAUCACAUCAGGGGCUCUAAUGACUGCAAGGCCCUUGGACCGCGAAGAGGUCUCCUGGCACAACAUUACUGUUAUGGCUAUGGAAAUGAACAACCCCUCACAAAUUGGAAGUGUGUCAGUCACUGUGAAAGUCAUAGAUGUUAACGACAACGCGCCAGAGCUGGCAAAGUACAGUGAAGCCUUUGUCUGUGAAAACACUAAAGCUGGACAGCUGAUUCAGACAGUAACUGCCGUGGACCUAGAUGACCCACUUGGAGGUCAACAUUUCUACUAUAGCCUGGCACCCGAGGCAGCUAACAACCGUAACUUCACACUCAGAGACAACCAAGACAACACAGCCUGGAUAGUGACCCGACGAGGAGGUUUCAGCCAGCAAGAAUGGAGCAUUUAUUACCUACCAAUACUAAUAUCAGAUGGGGAACAGCCUGUGCAGAGCAGUACCAGUACCCUGACGAUCCGUGUGUGUAGCUGUGACACACAGGGGAAUGCCAUGUCAUGCACUGCUGAGGCCUACACGCUUCCUGUUAGCCUAAGCAGAGGAGCUCUCAUUGCAAUUCUAGCCUGCAUUUUUGUGUUACUUGUGAUGGUCCUGCUCAUCCUGUCCCUGCGGAGCCAGAGGAAGAAGCCCUAUCUGACAGACGCGGAGGAGAAUGUACACGAGAACAUUGUGCGCUACGAUGAUGAAGGUGGCGGAGAGCAGGACACUGAGGCCUUUGACAUUGCCGCCAUGUGGAACCCGAGAGAAUCUGUGAAGUUCAGGCAGGACAUGGUGCCGGAAAUUGAGAGCCUGUCCCGCUAUGUGCCUCAGAACUACAUGGGGGACAGUAACGUUCACGGCUAUGUGCUGGCCAAGCUGUAUGAGGCCGAUGUGGACCCCAGCGCGCCCCCCUACGACUCCCUACAGACAUAUGCCUAUGAAGGUGAGGGGUCCGUGGCGGAUUCUCUCAGCUCCUUGCAGUCUGUCACCACGAAUACCGACCAUGACUAUGACUAUCUCAGCGACUGGGGGCCCCGCUUUAAAAAACUGUCUGACAUGUAUGGGGUUUCAGAGAUGGACAAUGCUUUAUGGUAGCCAUUUAGACUGUGGAACUAGUUCUACAGUAUUUCACAAAUACCACGCGAGCUGAGAAAGUGUGAGUGAAUAUUUCUCAAGAAUAUGCAGGAUUUGUAGUAUUGCAUCUAAUGAGAUCAAACUCCUGUGCAAGAGAAAAAUAACAUGUUCUUCUGUAACGCUCAUUCACACUAAUCUGGUAUUUCGUAUACAGAAGAACUUAGCAAUGUGCUGCUAAGAUAUUUUAAGUAUUGUGGUUGAUUGUAAGAAAGAUCGCAUAUUACUGGACUAGGCGGCCCAUCCUGUGCAUUUAAAUUGGGACUUUAUGGCAAGAAUCCCUUAUUAUGUGUACAGCCUCAUAGUAAACAAAUUCUGCAAAUUCUGUGUAUUUCCAAUAAUGUACAUCCAUUUUUUUUUUUUAAUUUAGGGUUGCAUAUACAUUUCCUGCUCAUAUUUAUUGAAAUACAGUAUUUAUAUUUUAUAUAAAUUAUUGGAAAUAUUAGAGGCUUAUUCCUGUGAUUUUCAAAACAUGUAAAUGCUAUGGUUCCAUCUAAUUAUGAUGUAGCUGUGUAAGAUAAACAGUGUAAAUUAUAACCUGCUAAGUAUGUGUAAAAAGCCUCCCACAUGCUGAAACCUGAUAGGUUGAGUAUUGCUGGAAGUGCUUGUUUCUCUAGUUGUAACGUAAGGGAUGACUGUAUUGCCUGACAGUCUUUAACUUCCCUGUUUUUUUUUUUUUUUGUUUGUUUUGUUUUUUGUUACUAAGCAACCACAUAUUGUUGUACAAAUGGGAGCUCAAACACAUUAUAUUUACACAGUGAAGCCAGGGCUCCUAUCUACUGAGCUACCCACAGAGAUGUUUACAUGUUUUGUAAAAAUGUUUAAAUAUAGUUUUCAGUCACCAUGAACUCAGUAAACCACUAGUUGUGUGCAGUGUAUAAAUGGGAUUAAUUCAAACUCAGGUGCUUGAGUUUAAAGGGAGGCAAAACAUGUAUACAAAUGACUGUUUGUAAAUCAGUAGACUGGCAUCUAACCUUAUCUGCAGAGUUAUCUUUGAGCCCUAAGUAGGAUGAGCAAACUUUGUUCUGGACUGUAUAGCUGUGAAACCAUUGAGGAUUCAAAUUGGCAGUUAAUUUGAUGAUCUGCUAGUGCCAAAUGCAAAGUAAACCUUCUUCAAGAGAAAGCCAAAUAUGGAAAGGAAAAAAUAUGUCGUACAGUAAGGAGGGCUCAGACCUGUUAUGUCUGUCUGUCUGAGCAAUGUUUACAGGGGAAAUCUACUUGAAUUUCACACAGUAAAGAACAAUGUUACAGAUAUUUGAAUGUAUAUACAUAUAUAUUUUGUAUAUUUGGUAAUAAAAAACAUUUUUGUAAAUACCUGUAGGUAUGUUGUACUGAACACCGAUAUUGUAGUACUUCUUUUUUUUCCUAGUUCCAACUCUUUCUCACUCUUGGAACAGAUGGAAGACUGUAUGUGAGUAAUGUUUGCUUGCUUACUUAACUUAAUCAGUUAUAGAGAGGUUAGCAAGCAGCAUAUUGGUAUUGUAUAUUCUUUCAGUGUUUUUUUUUUUUUUUCACAGCAGCACAAGGAAAUAGUGUUGAGGUCACUGUUCAACAUUCUAAGGACCAUACCACCCAAAAUCACCCAAUCAUCAAACUAGUCUUCAAAAAGAAAGAAAAAUACUAUGAUAUAUACCCCAGAUAAAUGUUACUGUAUACCACAGUUAUUGUAAAUACCAAUGGUUUCUAGAAAGCAAGCAUAAAAUACAAUACAAUAUUAUCCAUAAAAUUCAAUCAUCCUCUAUUCAUCAGGUCUUUGAUAACAAUUUUGUAAAUCAGAAUAAAAUUACACUACAUUUGAAUUCAAUUAGAUUUUUUUUAAAGAAAAAUGAACAUUUCCAUUGUUCCCUAUGGGAAGCAAUCCAUUUAGGGACUCAUACACGUUUAGGGAUACUUUUCAGUUGGCCACUCACCCCCAUUUCUAUACUGUAGAAAAUUAAUGCAUGCUUUUGAAAACAGUGUUGGUGGCUAUUCUAUCCGGACAGCAUCGUAACACAAACCGUAUUUAAAUUAUAUAUGGUAAACAAUAUCUAUCAAAAUAGUACAAUUCCAUCAUUACAGUGAACUCCAGGGUCUAGUACUAUACCAGGGUAAAUAAAGCUUUGUUUGUAAGUGUAACAGGCAGUGUUGUGCACUACACUGCCAUGACAGAUUUUGACACCUAUUCCGUCAUAACUAACUAGCUACUUCCCCUUUCGACUAACAAGCUGGGCAAACAUUGAUAUGCUUUGACCCCUAAGACACUGAAAUGGCCUAAAAACAGUAACAGACAAAAGUGAGAGCUUUCUGUAAAUUGGUAUGGUACCAAAAAAAGAUUUGUUUUGAACAACAAUAUCAGCCAGAUUACAACAUACACCUGAAUUGAAAAUCCAAUCUAAUGAUCAAAUAGCAUUAUUUAAUGAAUCUAGACAUUUUGUUAAACUAGUAUAUGUCCUUUUAAUGAGGAAAACUUUAAUCAAAGUGAUAUAGUUGCAAAAAAAAAAAGGGGGUUCAUGGUGUAAAUAUUUGAUUAACUUAGCUUGCAAUGGCUGUACAAAAAUAAUUCAAACUUCUAUAGUGGUUUCUGUUCAGACUCCAGUGAUCCUAUUAUAGCUUUGCAGAUUCCUUCCCUUUUCACCAUGUAUUUGUUCCUGACACCACCUAACUCCUGUUUGCAGCAAAUUUGUUUUGCACAGUCUAUGGUGGUGUGACAGUUUAAAUAGAUUUCAAAGUCUAAAAUGCAUUAUAGUAUGAAAAACUAAAUAAAAAAUCACCUUUAUAUUGUUUAAUAUUCGUUCUUGAGUACAAUCUUUGUUUUUUGUGAUUUAUAGUAAGUUAAUUAAUAAGUGUGCCGUAUGUUAUUCUAACAAAAAUGACUUCAUGCUGUAUGAGAAGACAGCUUUGCUUUGUGGUCCUCUCACUCAAACUAGAGACACUCUACACACAGUGUAUUAAUUUAUAUUACAAUGCUGUAUUAUCGUGUGAUGUUAGAGUGUGAUUAGCUGUGUUCAGAAACAUUUUUCCACUUGACUGGAGUCAAUACUGUGAACUUAGGUAGAUUUAUUAAAAUGUCAUAGAUUUUUGCCACCUCAUUUCCAUUGUGUGCUGUAUCAGUACAAUUCCAAAUAGAAGUUAAUAAGGCUCACAGUACAUUACAUUUGUGUCUGUCCCCUUAGGUAAUACUAUGCAUUUUCAUUUUUACCAUUAUUAGCUACAGCAUGAUCAGUCUAAGAUCAAAGUCUUGGCUCUAAAUGUCUGCUCAGAAUUCACAAUUUAAAACAGAUUUGGGCUCAUCUUCCUUGAAAUAAAUUACACACGUGUGAAACUGUCCAGUGGCACGCUGGAAUCAUCUUAAUUGCAGAAUGACACUUUUAAUAAGAACAUUUCUACUGCUUACCAUGUGGGUCUAGUAAAGCUUUUGUAAUUUGAUUUGAAGUAACACUUGGACUGAUUAAAGUAAACAGUGUCAGUACAUACUUCCCAAGGUACGCAAGCAGAAGUUUACAUCAUAUCUAUCAGUUUAUAGGACAGAAUUAAAGACAUAGUUGCAGUCAUUUAGUUAUAUCAACAAGACUGGUAGGCCUAAUACAAACACACCAGUAAUAAAAUGUGCAAAUAUGUUUUUUGGUCCAUUAAUCAUGUCUAUCAAUGUUUUGCUUCCCUUUUGUUUUGCUUUUUUAAAGCUAUUUUUCAUAUCUGAAAAAAAAUGUUUUUAGAUAUGAUGAAACAUUUUGUUGAAAGGAUCUGUAUCACUUAUGGUUAGAAGUUAAAGCAAUGCCACAGGGAAAGGGUUCACUUUUCGAGACAACACUGGUAAUGGAAAUUAACUAAGAACAUGCAAGAAUACAGCUGUGUUCCAAACAUUAAGACAAUAACGCGAAGUGUACUGCCUCUAUACAAUAGAACUUUAAUAUGGAAGCCAAAUUUGGUCAUUGUCAUAGUUGUAGUAGCAGAUUUGCAAACUCGUACAAGCUCCCCUCACUGGUAUGCUUAACAAAUAUAUUUGGUACCAAACUAGGUUAAACAAUGUACUCAUUUUGCUUGCCUUACUUUCAUAUAGUCACUAAAACAACUUUCUAGGUCAAUUCACUGCAGUAGAUUGAUCAAUGGCAGGAUAGAAGACAUUGACAUAGAAAGUACAAGAACAGGCAACCAAAAGUAAGGCAUGAAAACUGAGAAUUUUCUUCAACCCAGUAUAGUAGCAGAAUGUUGUUGUUUUUUCUUUUUUUUUUAAUGGCACGUCUUUCAAAACUGAUCAGAUAAAUAACUACAGCACAUUUCCAUUCUUCCAACAUCAUGAUCCUUCUUCAGUAAUCAGUAAAGGAGGAAUAUAAAAACAGCCAAUUAAGACGAUAAACUCCUAUAAAACUAAAUUAUUGGAGAGGUCCUGCAGAUGGUGAGUUCAUAUGGUGCAUAUUACAAAAUAAAAAAAUGAGAAGAAACUAAUUUAUUGUAUUACUUUGCAUAGUCUUUAGACAGCUUCCCAUUGUACAAUAAUCUGUCACUGUCUGGGGCAUGUUGCUUGCAACUAUUUUUGCAGAUUGAUGAGCUGUAUGUUGAAAAAGACAUUUCAUUGAAAUAUGUGUCUAAUUGACUUGUUUCCCUAAGCUGACUGUUUAAUGUUAUGGAUGGAUAUAAUAUUCACCACACUUCAACACAGUCUAUAUCAGUGAUCUGAACCCAGAUAGUUUGUGAUACAAAACAGUUUAACAGAAGAACUUUCAGGAAAACAUGCUGUAUACAUAUUUUACAGUUGUUCAUGUAUAUAUUUUUGGUUGUUUCUGGGUCUACUGCAAUAUUGAGUUGUAUUCCUUUGUUUUGUUUACAGUAGAGGCUUUUAGUUAACUGAGUGCUAGCAGCAUGCCUAAUGUGUUUGACUGCUUCACAUCAAAACAAAACAUGUUGCUGUGACUUUUCCUCUCUGCUGGCUCCACCAAACACAUAACGGUAGAAAAUUAUGUAAAGAAACAACUUAUUUUAUUGUUAUUCAUAUUGAACAAAAUCCUAUCUUAUUAAAACUCUACAAUACAUAAAACGGUAUAUCUUAUUAUUAUGCGGCCUACUGUAAAUGAUUCAGAAUGGAAAGCCUAUGUUAUGCGUAACAACAUACUUUUGUAACCUUAGCAAUGCCCCAGGACAAUUUAAUCAUCUCAUUUCAACCUCAGUAAUGCUUGUGUAAUUCAUUUAGUCAUUGUAUUAGUGACUUUGAGUCACAACAAUUAAACCCAGUAAAUGGUUACAAUAAUUGCAAUUGCUUGAUACUGUAUAUA